CAAUUUAAGCACAUUUCUAUUCAACUCAAUACACACCUUCUACUUCCAAAACCCUAAACACCUUCUACCUAGCUAAUUAAGCCAUGGCAUAUUGGUCUGAUCUCCCUCCGGAGCUCCUCGAUCUCGUUGCCACCGGCUUUGACACCCCGUCCGACACUCGUCAUUUCCGUUCCGUUUGUUUCACGUGGCGGUCUGCCAUCCCCAAAACACUACCCAUAUUUUUCCCUCCUAUAAAAUUCCUAAACUCUAACGUCCAUCAUUGUGACCUCCGACUCACCAAACACACAUUUACCCAUCUUUCACCCUCUUUCGACGACCAUGAUGGCCCCGGGUGGCUCAUCAAGACCGAGGAGCACAACCCGGGGGCGGUCCAUUUGUUCAAUCCUUUCUCUAGGACCCUCAUCAAACAGUUAGCUCCAAAUCUUCCUAGGAAGUUGGAUCUAACCAACAUUAAAAUCAAGGAGUUGGGUUGUGAGUAUGUGUUACGUAACGUUAGUAAUAAUCCUAGUACAGAAAACAUGGAUUACUACAACAUGGAGCAUCAAAAGGUAGCUGUUACCUUCCUUAAUUCUAAUAAUGUUAACGAUUACGUUAUUUUGUGUACACAUAACACGGGUAAGUUACUCAUGUACCGGUCCAAAAUCGAAUCAUGGACGUUUUUGGAUGAUUACACUUUAGGUUAUGAUGAUCGGAGCAUAUUUGUUAACGAUUGGUCGUUGCACUACGUGGAUGUAGUAGAGUUCGAUGGUACAUUUUAUGCUGUUACCAACUCGGGUAGGACCGUAGCCAUUAAGGUUAUUGGUUCUUCCGUCACAGUAACAUUGCUAAAAAAUUCUAUUAUUGGCGGAGAUAAAAAAUGUCUGGUAAAAGUAGGUGAUGACCUGUUAAUGGUAGACCUGUAUACCGAUAUCACUCCUAAAUUGAUAAAGGUACACGGGGUUGAGAUUUUCAAACUCGACAAGGAGAAACAAAAAUGGGAUUUGGUUAAGGAUUUAGAGGAGCAUGCAAUUUUUUUGAGCAACCAUUCUUCAUUUUCCGCUAUUGGUUUAAAAGGUUGCAAAGGUAAUUGCAUAUACUUUCAUUUUAAGAACUUAGACAAUAAGAAUUCAUGUUAUUCCGAGAUUAAAGUGGGAGAUUUGGAUAAAUUGGAUGAUUUUGAGUGGAAAAGUGAUGAAAUUGGUGUUUUUGAUUUUGAAAAGGGCAUUUUUGGGCCGUUGGAAGAAUAUUUGGAAGAUUCUAAGCUAUUUUCUUGGCCUCCACCAAGUUGGGUUACAUUGGCUCGUAUGACAUGAAGUUUUCAAUCUUCAUAAUUCUAGAUUUUUCAUUUUUUUACCCUUUCGUUGUGCAAUUUUUUAUUUUUUUUAAUCCUUUCUUCUUUAAUUAAUUGUAUAAUUAAUUAAAAAUAUAUAACUCUGUAUUACUCCGUACUAUAUAAGUUUACAAUGAAAUAAUAGUCAAGUCCAACUAUUAAUGAUCAGUCAUAACUAUUUUUUUCCCAGACCAUUUAUCAUUCAUGUUAUUUAUGCAUGUGUAGUAAACGUUAUUAGAAAUUCUUGUAAAUAAAAGCGCAGACUUGGAGCCACUUUUGAC